AUGGGAGCCCUGGCGAAAAAACUCAAAGAACUCCAGCUUUAUGAAUUACCAGCAAAAAAAAGUCCUGGUCUGAGGAAGAGUUAUACGUUUUCGGUGACGACAAAUAUAUGGCCACUGACAGUAAAAGACAAUUAUCCGAUCUACAGAUACGAUGUGCAAAUAGCGUUGCUUUUUGGAUCUGCAGAGGAGGGAUUGAUUUUGAAAAAGAAGUUAUUCAAAAUUAUUUCUAGCUAUUUGUCAGUGGACCGUAAAACUAAAUGCCUGGCCAUCGUAGAAGGUCUAAUACAGGAGAACGCAAAAUUUUUUGUUGGGAAAGGUUGUCUAGUUUAUGACCGUGUCUCGACCCUAUAUUCUUCUAGAAAGCUCAACAUAAUGCAGCAGGAAGAGAAAACGUUUAUUGUUGAAUCAAAGGUUCUUCCGAAAGAUUUGUUCGAGGAGGACUGUAAUGGUGCUGAAAUAUGCAUAAAGCAGUGUAAGGAGGGUUUCCAACUGAUUUCUAAUGAUGUGAAGUCUACAGUUAGUUUUUAUAUAGGCGGAGCCAACAAAAAUUUACAUCAUUUUUUGGAACUGAUGUUAUCGCAGGAAGUGUUUUAUGCUCGUAGAUUUAGGGCGCUGGCGGUCUGCUAUGAUUCAAGUAAUUGUUACCUAAUGGAUCCAAGUGGAUUUGGGUUUAAUGAUAAAGAAGUUCCAAAACUUUUUGAAGGGAAGUACUGUGGUGUUGGCAUUUCGAAGUGCGUUAAAACUAUUGACGGGAUAGGAAGAACUCCUACACUGGCGGUCGUUGUUGACUGUAAGUCGGCGCUGUCGAUGCUUCUUUUCCAGUUGAAUAAAAUUGGCGUUUAUUGGAAAUACUCUUUAAUAAAGGAUUUUUCUUCAAUGAAAAAGAGUGCUUUUCAUUACGACGGGCAGCCGUUAAUCAAAAAAAUCGCUGAAAUCUUUCGUGUAGAGGUUAAGAGUUCAAUAAGUAGAAUAGAAAUAGAACUACUUAAUAAAUUGCUGAAAGGACUAUACGUUCGGUGUCGCUAUGGGAAGUAUAGAACUUUCCGGCUGUUUGAAGUGAUGGAGCAGACACCGGACGAAAGGAGCUUCAUGUACUGCGGAACAACGAUAACACUUGUCGAAUAUUUUGAAAGGGUUUACCAUAUCACCUUGAAUUACCCGAAAAUGCCAGCCUGCACGGUAGCUCCUAGCCGGAGAAGAGAACAAAUAGACAAAUUGAGAAAAUUUCUUAGGAUUGAUGAGUGUGGCCAGAAAAAUGAUUGGUGCCGAAAGUUCGGUGUAGAAAUCGCCAAAGAAAGUAUGAAGUUAAAAGCGCGUGUUCUCCCGAAGCCAACUGUUGUUUAUGGGAGAGGUGUUGAGGUUACUGUCCGUGAUUCGGUUAGAGCGGUUUCUUGGCAGUUAGUCCUAACAUUUGAAUGGUUUAGGCGUUACAAAGAUUCGUUUCUGGCUAGAUGUAGGCAAAGAGGACUCGGUGUCGAAGAACCAAUUAUUGAACAAUUUAUGCUUGGUUCGAAGGAGGAGGCCGUUAAGAUGGCGUUUGAUAUAGCUAAGAAAAAGGGGGCCAAUUAUAUUCAGUUUUUAACUUCCGAUGAACUGAUUUUUCACGACAGAAUCAAGUACUUCGAAAAUUGUUAUCAAAUUGUAACUCAAGAAGUAAGAACUAGUACUGCUAGCCAGGCGAGGAGUCGUUCUCAAACUCUGGAUAAUAUUAUUCACAAAACAAAUUUAAAGCUGGGUGGCUUGAAUUAUACUCUGCGACUGGAGUCAAACGAAGUCCAAAGGUGGAUUGACAACAGUAGCCGCCUUAUUAUCUCUUUUGAUUUUGCACCAACCAGUCUGCCAAAGAAGGUUGAAGAUAUGGUUCUUCCAUCCGUUCUAGGGUUAGACGUGGCGGAGGUAGGGCUUUCAGAACUUGUAGCUGAAUCACUGCGUUUGGUUCAGAGGAACCGGAAGGAACCGCAACAUAUAAUGAUAUUAAGGGAUGGCAUAUCGGAAGGACAAUAUAAAUACGUGAUGGACCAGGAAAUGAAACAUAUAAGGUACGGCUGCGCUUUAUAUGGGGGCCGUAAUUAUGAGCCGCGCAUAACCUUCAUUGUAGUUACGAAGGAUCACAAUGUGCGAAUCUUUCCAGAGGGUCCCUCGACGUUUAACAAUAACAUUCCUCCUGGAACAGUCAUAGACCAAGGGAUUGUUAAUCCAGUCUCAAAUGAAUUCUACUUAAACUCCCAUUUAGCCCUCCAGGGGACAGCAACUACUCCUAGAUACAAUUUACUGUACGACACAGGAGACCUCACGCUUGACGAGAUGGAGGGUGUUAGUUUUGCACUGACUCUCGAUUUGCAAAUAAAUACGGCAGCGACGGCCUUACCGGUGUCCAUUAUCAUUGCUGAUAGCAUGGCGACAAGGGGAAGAACUAAUUUUAAUGUUGCCUAUGAGGAGAAAGGAGAUACAAUUAAAAAUUAUUCGCUUGACAAGUUAAAUGAGGAAUUGGGUUGUACACGUCGUGCUCUUUCUGAAAUUCGAUUUGCAGCAUAA